UGUUUCAUCAGAGAUGUAACGUAUACGCUAAUUGUGCAGUAGUCUAAGUGACUGUUUGCAUUGUUGGUAGUUAGAGGAACCCAUGAAUGUGUGAGACCACAUAAUUAGAUUUGCUAGCUAGCAAGUUGCAACUGUAUGGUUUCACAGCUUACUACAAAGACACUUGUCAGCUACUUAGAGCUCCAUUAUUACUUGUGGUGUUCAACACAGCUCUGUUUAGGUAUGGCUUCUGCAGAACUAAGACUGAAAAUAGACGAUGUUGCCAGGGCUGGUGACUUGAGUGCUUUACAAGAUGCCAUCAAGAGGGGAGAAGAUGUCAAUAGUGUGGAUUCGCUCUUAUUCUUGUAGGGUUGGCGUACUCCACUCUAUUGGGCAGCCAGAGAAGGGCACACUGACUGUGUUAGAGAGCUGCUCUCCUCAGGAGCCGUGGUGGACCUGGCUGAUGAGUAGAUCGGGCGCACUCCACUCUAUUGGGCAGCCAGUCAAGGUCACACUGACUGUGUUAGAGAGCUGCUCUCCUCAGGAGCCGUGGUGGACCUGGCUAACAAGGCUGGGUGGACUCCACUCCAAAGGGCAGCCAGUGGAGGUUACACUGAAUGUGUUAGAGAGCUGCUCUCCUCAGGAGCCAUGGUGGACCUGGCUGACAAUGUUGGGAACACUCCACUCAUGAGGGCAGCCUUCAGGGGACAAGAAUAUACUGUAAAGGAGCUUCUCUCAUCAGGGGCUUCCCCUCUCUGCACUAAUAAAGAUGGAGAGACUGCUUUGAUGGUGGUUAAGGGAUCUGAUUAUUCUAACCCUUCAACAAUAAAGUUGCUUGAGGAAGCUGCUGAAUCACAUUCACAUCCGCAGUCUGUGCAGGUCCUCCCCAAGAACUGGACUGUUGUCACUGACACAGAAACGAAUAAGCCAGUCUACCAGAACAAGGCAGCAGGGGAAACCCUCUCCACACCACCUGGAUGUAAGUGUGUGCUUGUGCUGUAUUCAGCACAUGGUUCUGUGUGUUUUACCUCCUGUGUAGAUCCCUUGCACCAAACUCCCACACACCCUGGUGUCACUUUCUACGAGGAGCCUCAAGAGAAGGAGUUCACCUCCACUGGUGGACAUGCUGACUUUGAUAAUGGAGUGCAAGUGACUGUUCCAGCUAAUGCUGUCCCAAUAGGGACCUUUGUGGGCAUUAAAGUUCAACCCAGCUUUGCCUCCAAGGAUGUGUUUGUGAUGCCAGAGGGCAUUCAAUCUGCCAGUCCGUCCUAUUUGAUCUGUGGUGAAGGUCUAAACGGAGAGGUGACCCUGAGCAUGGAGCAUCAUGUACGAGUGUCCACCCAACAAGAAGCUGAUGACCUCUUAUUUCUCCAAGCUGACUCGUCUCCCAAGAGAUCUGUUUCAAAAAGUAUUUACGUGUACCAGGAGGUACCAGUGUCAGAGUUCACUCCUGGAGGAAACACCGGGAGACUGAAGCUGGGCACACGACUGAAGAACUUCUUUAAAAUUGGGAGGAGAAAAAGAGGCAAUACUGACAGUAACCUCUACACUGUCAGAGUCUAUCGGUCUCCUUCACACACAACUGGGGACAGGCUAGCCAUCAUUGUAGCCAGUCUCUUUGGGAGCUUAUACGCUAAGUUUCUAGAGACACUUGAUAAAGUGAUCAUCCUACAAGACUAUCCAGAAGUGUCUUCAAAGUCAAUUGACAGGACGACUCAAGAAUCACUGACGUUUGUUGAUAUGUGUGCCACUCUCAACAUUGACCCAGUGCAGGGAUGGUCUGUGGAACCAGACAAGGAAUUGAUCUCGCGUAGUGAAGUGGAUCAGCCUGAGAUGGAGAAACUCAGGCCUGAGGAUCUUCACAACUACCCUCCCAGGAUAAUCUGCAGGUUCUUCCCUGAGGAGAAUGCUCCCAAGAGAACCACCUGUACCAUCUCCUUGUCUGGACUCCUGCCACAGGUCAAAGUUCAUCUACCAUUGAUUCCCACUCCCAAAGUUGCUGUGGAUACUACUAAACUACAGGAGGCCACUGAUGAGUUGAGAAGGUCUGCCCUGGCAGUGAGUGACACACAACUUGGCUCUACUGUGAAGAGUGUAGUGUCUCUGAUGGAGAGAAUGACUGCUGCUCUGAGGUCAUCUUCUCUGAGUAAGCUGACAGACCACACUGACUCCAUACGGACAGAGAUAACGUCUGUCCUUGUAGUGACCAGGAGGGUUGUCCAGGAGUGCACAGUACAGAGCAUCAGUGAGAACAUGGGAGCCAGUCUCUCUAAGAUGGAGACUUUAUCUCACCAGCUUUGUAUAGUGGCCAAGGUCAAACUGAGAAACUGUCUAGACCAGUCAGAGGAGACAGCUGCUCUUGUUGACCUGGUGGAGAAUGGAGCUAAUCUAUUGAGAGCUGUGGACUGUCUACUCAGGGACAUGCGCACACUCAGUGGAGUCAGUGGCCUGGCAGAGAGGAUAGACAUUGAACACCCUCUACUCAACAACGAGAUUGAGACAACAGAGUUCGUGUAUUUGGCUGCACAUUUCGACAACGUGAUAAUGUACUCUCAGAUGUUGGGACUCAAUCGUUCUCAGCAAGCUAGUGUGAGGCAGCUUCUAGUUUUAUAUGACAUGCAAACGGCCAUGAUGGAGUGCUUGUCCCUGUGGCAGAGGAGUAACCCAGCUGCUGCAACUUAUAGAACUCUUCUGAAACUACUCGUAAGAAUGAAGAAAUAUAACAUUGCGAAUGAUGUGUUCAAACAUUGCCUAGAGAAUAGUAAACUUACAUAGUACAUGUGUAGCGUAUUAUUUGUUUUGUGAUCGUCCGUGGUGCUGGUUAGUAGAGUUUAAAUGCACGUAAUAUUUUAUGUGUAUUGUAUUUUUUGCAUAAUAUAAUUUGACUAUGAAUUGUGAGUCACAUUUUUAUGGUGGAA